AUGUCCAAGCAAAAGGUGGUAAUCCUGUCCCCGUUCCCAAUCUCCGAGGAAGCCCGGGAGCGAUGGCGCCGGAAAUUCCCAAACUUCGACUUUAUCUUCCAUUUGAAGACUUGGGGAGAACCUAGGGCCGUGGAAACAGUCCCCGACGAGGACUGGAAAAAGACUGUCGCUCUCUUCACCCCGUCGGCCUUGCCCGCGCCAGAGCAAGUCCCGAAGCUUCAAUUUGUCCAACUGAGUAGUGCGGGGGCAAAUAUGAUCAUUAAUCACCCUCUCUACAAAGACACAAACAUCACCUUCACUUCCGCCAAAGGCGCCUAUGAUCCCCAGAUUGCUGAAUGGGCCGUGUCGACUUUUAUCGGAGUUAGACACCAUCUCUAUCGGUAUCACGAGCAGCAAAAACAACGCCUUUGGAAUAGGAUCCUUGAUCCAGUGCCUAGCUCGGUUGGCCAGACUGUUGGCAUAUUGGGUUAUGGGAGCAUCGGCCGGCAGGUCGCAAGGGUCUCCCAGGCUCUUGGAAUCAAGGUCCAUGCCUAUACUCUCCACCCAAAGAAUACCCCGGAGAGCCGCCGUAGCGAAUCGGGUCUAGCAGAUAACCUUGGCGACCCUGAAGGGACCAUUCCGGAAAAGUGGUACUCCGGUACGACGAAGGAAGAGCUUCAUGAGUUCUUGGGGUCAGACCUCGAUUGGCUCCUCAUCUCGGUUCCUUUGACCGCAAAGACGAAGCACCUCAUUGCCCGUGAAGAACUCCAAGUCCUUUCCAAAAAGAGGGCAUUUAUCUCGAACAUUGCAAGAGGACCAAUCGUCCAAACUGACGAUCUCGUCGAGGCGCUGGAGAAUGGCUCGAUCGCCGGAGCAGCUCUUGAUGUCACUGACCCUGAGCCUCUACCCAAAGAACACCCCCUAUGGAACGCGCCAAAUACCAUCAUCACGCCUCAUAUCAGCGCAUUUUCUACUGCCGCUCCGGAUAGAGUCCUUCGGAUAUUUGAGUAUAACCUGGAGCAGCUGGUAGCGGGGAAGAAGCUUAUUAACAUCAUAGACCGAAAGGAAAAUUAUUGA